AAUUUCGCCAAGCAAAACACGGCGAAGCAGAACGAGCACUGCCUGAAGAACUUUGACCUGGCCGAGUACCGCGAGGUGGUGAGCAUCCUCACCAUCCAGAUCUACCAGCAGCUCAUUAGGGUGAUGGAGGGCAUCCUCCAGCCCAUGAUCGUGUCUGCGGUGUUGGAAUAUGAGAGUAUCCAGGGGCUUUCCAGUGUCAAAUCAACGGGCUACAGGAAUCGUUCCUCCAGCAUGGCAGAUGGCGACAACUCCUACACCUUGGAUGCGAUCAUUCGUCAGCUGAACACCUUCCACAGCACCAUGUGUGACCAGGGCCUGGACCCUGACGUCGUGCAGCAGGUCUUCAGGCAGCUCUUCUACGUGAUCAACGCGGUUGCCCUGAACAACCUUCUCCUGCGAAAGGAUGUCUGCUCCUGGAGCACGGGCAUGCAGCUAAGAUUUAACAUAGGCCAGCUGGAGGAAUGGUUGCGUGGGAAGAACCUGCAGCAGAGCGGAGCAGCAGAGACUUUGGAGCCCUUGAUUCAGGCAGCACAGGUUCUGCAGCUGAAAAAGAAAACCCCGCAAGACGCCGAGGCCAUCUGCUCCUUGUGCACAUCCCUCACCACGCAGCAGAUCGUAAAGAUACUCAAUCUCUACACGCCCGUGAAUGAGUUUGAAGAACGUGUGACAGUGACUUUCAUACGAAACAUACAGAGGCACUUGCAAGAUCGAGAUGAGUCUCCACAGCUGCUGUUAGACUUCAAGCACAUGUUCCCAGCUUAUUUUGUUUUCAACCCAUCCUCCAUAACCAUGGACUCGAUCCAUAUCCCGGAAUCUCUCAACUUGGAAUUUCUCAAGAAGGUCUGA